AUGCGCCUAUUCCUAUUAUUACUUUUACUAUUUCCCGUCCUUAUUUUUUGCGCUGAUCCCCUAGAGCAACUCAUUCGAAAUGGCUGGCUCAUUGUGCAAGAUUAUGGAGAGAAGAUGCUUUCAAAUAUAGUGAUUCCAAGAUCAAGCGAUCUUCCAGAAGGCAGUGCUUUUCAGCUAGACGAUGGCAAAACACUGGGCACAUUGAAAGAGCUGAUGAACACAUGCCCACAGACAUUUAUGGUCCGAGAAGUUCAAGGAACCUGGUAUAUUUCCCAUAUAAGCAAACGGUUACUUCACAACACGUUUUUUGAUGUGCACAGGACAAUCGAGCGAUUAUCUCAGGGUAAAAUGAUCAACUCAAGGACAUCUCUGUUCACUUUGAUAUCGUCAGAUCCUUCAAUGAAUUGCCUACAGCUUACAAUUCUCAAUGAUUCGCCAAAUUCGCCAUUCGAAUUUUCGUACAAAUCGGAAAACAACGAGCGGAAAUCGAUAAUUGGCAGCGUUUCGCGAUCAUCAGACAAUCAACUCACUUUGAACUUUGCCGAUAUUUUCAUUAUUCCUUUUUCGCGUGAAUGUGCUAAUGGUCCCACGGUGGGUGUUCCAUAG